UAAAGAAAACUGGUAAUUCAGUUUUGUUGCAACACACGUAUGGAUUCGUUAUUUAUUUUAAAACAAGUUAUUAGAUCAGUUUUGUAGUAUUUUAUUUUAUAAAUGACUACAAAACAAUGAAUUCGGAAGAUAUCUUAUCCAAGUUUCAGUUGAAGCCUAUUCGCGUUAAUAAAUUUGAAGGGGACGACGGUGAUUUGAUUUCAAAUAGUCUAAUUCUGACGCCAAGUUCACAAUACCUUGAAUUGUUAGUUAAUAAAUUCACUUCGGAUAAAAAUUUCGGACAAAGUGUCUUAAAAUGGUUAAAAGAAGAAUUUCGACAUCCAAAGAAUAGGAGUUCAGCAAUAGAAAGACUCAAAGAUGAAUUCGACGCUGCCCUACAAUCAAUAGUUUGUAAAGCAGUAAUAAAACUAUCGGAAAAUUUCGAUGAUUCUGUACAAAAAAACCUACAUAAUUUACCAACUCAAUCACCACCAAAAAUAUUUACGAGUAUUGACGUAACUGAAUUAUCGGAAAGUGAUAGAUUCCAUAAAGAAUUUACGGAACGGGAAAAAAUUGGUAAAGGAGGCUACGGAGCGGUUUACAAGGCUUGUCAUCGUCUCGAUAAAAAAUCCUACGCUAUCAAAUGUAUUCCUCUUAACUCUAAUUAUCAUAACUCAGCCGCUCAGGCCCUAAGGGAAGUUAAACAAUUAGCUAGCCUCCAACACCCGAAUAUCGUUAGAUAUCAUACAGCUUGGUUGGAAUGCGACGCAGUUAAACCUCCUAAUUAUUCCCGCCAACUAUCUAUACCGUCGAAUAGUAGCGACUCGGAUGAAGAAAAUAUCUCAGAGAGUUUGGUAAUUGAAUUUAAUUCGAGUAAAAAUUCACUUGAUGACAAAGAGAAAAAUCAAUUGGAACCAUAUUAUUCUCCUCAUCAAAGUAUUAAUUUUAUCUUCCGUGUUAAGUUAUGUAUUCAAAUGGAAUUGUGCGAAACAACAUUGGAACGAUGGUUGCAGAAGAGAAAUGAGCUCAACAAUUUUAGUAUUGUUAAUGGGGAAAAGGAAAUUAAUAUUAUACGCCAAGUAUUAUUAGCUUUGUCUUACAUACAUGAAAAAGGGAUAAUGCAUAGAGACGUUAAUCCGAAAAAUAUUUUCUUAAAAGAUAUUUCAAACGAUAUUUUAGUUCAACUAGGAGAUUUUGGGUUGGCAAGGGAGCUUUCUGACGAAGACUGUGAUUGUACAAUGAGUUCAUUUACAACCUCAGGAUAUACUGACGGCGUUGGAACGAAAUCAUACGCUGCACCCGAGCAAUUUGCCAGGAGAGAAUACGAUAACAAAGUUGAUAUGUACAGUGUAGGUUUAAUAUUAAUUGAACUAUUUUAUGUUAUUAAGACUGGAAUGGAAAGAGACUAUAUAUUCAGAGAAGCGAAACGAGAAGAAGUUAGUCUUCCAAAUGAACUCUAUACAAAUUUCCCAGUGAUAGCUCGUUACGUAAAAAAACUAUUAAAUCUCGAUCCUAAAGCAAGACCUACCGCCGAUCAGAUAUUAUCGUGCGAAUAUUUCUCAAAAACAACUAUAAAUAUAAAUAAUUUAAUGGAAACGAUUGACAAUCAACAAAAAUUGAUUGACCAAUUAAGAUCUCAAUUACUAAAUGUAAAAUCAAAUUGUAAAUGUGGUAUAUCUUUUAAUAUUUAA